CUUCAUUCUCUAUUCUCCUCUCUCUCUCUCUCUCACUCGCUCCGCAGACACAUGCACCUUCCCUUACGCUACUGUUCCCCGCCGGCACUUCCUUCCGAACCCCCAAAACCGCCUUCACCGUACACCGAUAACAGAAAACGACCUUCGCCCAAUCGCAGCCUGCCACCUCACCACCCAUGGACUCCGAUACCGGAACUCUCUCACCGGCAACCGCGCCGGCGACCAGGCCGGCCACUACGACGCCGUUCCACGGACGCGAGGACUGCUGGAGCGAGGACGCCACCGCUACUCUCAUCGAGGCCUGGGGCGACCGCUACCUGGAGCUGAACCGGGGCAACCUCCGGCAGAAGCACUGGCAAGAGGUCGCCGACGCCGUCAACGCCCGCCACUGCCGUAGCGCAAGGACCCGUCGUACGGACGUACAGUGCAAGAAUCGCAUCGACACGCUUAAAAAGAAGUAUAAGAUCGAGAAGGCUAGGGUUUCCGACUCUGACGGUGUCUACACUAGUCCGUGGCCCUUUUUUACUCGCCUCGAUGCCUUGAUCGGCGACAAUUUUCCGGCGGCUAAGAAGUCUUCGCCGCCGGUGGCCGGAGUCCACCGGAACGCUACGCCUCCAAUCUGGGCGCUGUAUUCUCCGGUACCGGUCGGUCCCCGAUCCGCUACUCUGAAACGGCCGGCGCCGACGUUGCCGCCGGUGCCCUUGGAUGAUUCGUCCUCUCGUCGGAAUUUCUCGGCAUUUGCAGCGGCAGCAAUAGCUGCUGCGGAGGAUGAGGAGACGGAGCGGUCGAGCAUAGGGAGUAGGAGAAGGGACAGAGAAAGGGAAGAUGGGUGCAGGGAAUUGGCUCAGGCAAUUGAGAAAUUUGCGGAGAUAUAUGAGAGAGUGGAGGGAGCGAAGCAGAAGCAGAUGGUAGAGCUGGAGAAGCAGAGAAUGCAGUUUGCCAAAGAUUUGGAGUUCCCGAGAAUGCAGCUUUUCAUGGAGACCCAAGUUCAACUUCAAAAAAUUAAGCGCGCCAAGCGAUCUUCGGGCACUGGAAAUAGUUCAAUAUGAAGGGAAUAGACAAUUCAUUUGAUUUGGAUGAGAGUAUUUUUGCUAAGAAGAAAAUUUCACUCUGCUCCAACACUCUGGUGCUUGUAUAUUUUACUGAGGUAUUUGCAAAAAUGUGAUAUGAAAGUGUGGAAAGGCUCCAUUUAUUGCACUGUGAAGGUGUUAGUGGUUUCGAAACCCCACCUACAUGUAUUGGAUGAUGUUGAAUGUGCCUAAGUUGAUAGUCUACAUAAAUGAUGUGUGUUGUGCCUUGUCAGUGGGUUGCGAUAUGUUGAUAUGGCUCAAAUACCCAUAUUUGGUGUCAAUAUCAAUUCUAUGGUUUCCACAAGUUUCUAUGGCUGAUAGGUGUAAAGUGAAAUAAGCUGCUUAAUCUGAAACUUUCUAUAGUGGCUCAUAUCUUUUGUAUUUGCGCAUAAGAAAUUUAGAAGCAUGGUUCCUAGAUAUGUUGGGCAGCCACUUUUUUCUCGGUUGGUGAUGUGAUGUCACUUUUGGGCUCUAAGUAAGGUUUGAUAGGCUGGAUUUAUCAGCCUAGCCUGUUUGAAUGAUGGAUGAGGCCUAAUAUGACAAUAUGAUUUAUUCAGGAACUUUAGAAUUGCUCUGUUUCCAGCAUUUAAUAUAUAAUAUAUUUAUUUAUUGGUAAGUGGGUAACUGAGCGUUUCUAUUGGGUCAUAUUCAUGCUAUGUUGAUAAGACUGCUAGAAUGUAAGACUACUUGAUGUUUUUUGGUUGACAUUAGCUGCUUGAAGUCUGAUGAAAUUAUUGCUUGUUCUUUUUGUUUUGCAAGUUAAAUAAGUUGAUUUUGGAUGAUUAUAAAAAGAUGUAGUGAAGGACUUUCCUUUUCUUUUACUUCGCUUCCUUCGGUGGGAUGCGAAGGGCUUUAGCACCUGGGCCCUAAUAUUGUGGUGAACAAGUGUCUUUAUAGUGAUUGAAGAGCAAUUUAGAAAUGAGAAUAUGAAAAUCUCUUAGAGGUACCUGGCCUAUUUAUUGAAGCUUACAGGGCAUUUUUCCACAAAGUAUAGCUUCUAAUAGGUUAUUUUAUCCCUACAACAUCUGGUUGGUUGACUGCUUAUACAAUUGUUGAUAAUUAACAUGUCCAUGAGUAGCCGAACUACCAAAAUGAAACCAGAUAUGGGAUCAAUGUGUAUCAUUGAGACAUUGACAGGGUAAAUAAUCUUUCUUCACCAAGUCACUAAAGUGGGAUGACUAGAGAAAAAAAAAAUAAUAAUAACAAUAAAGUCACUAAAAUGGACUAAUUAAACUAGAAUUUAAUAUCAUUUACAAUCCUUGCGUUGGUUAGUUCCAUUCAUUGCUUUUUAUAAAUUGAAACCACAAUGCAAUUACUUUGUAGAUGGACUAUUGUGUGUAUAUUUUUCCAUUAAAUGAUAUAAAUCAUAUCAUAGAUGUGAAUUCUAUCUUAAAUGAGUGGAGAAGAUGUUUUUAAUUAAAAUACUGCUUUUGAGAUUUUUUAACAAAUUGAUUGCACUUAUUUUGACUAUUCUUUGUUCCAUUCGCAAUAUGAUUUCUUAUUGCCUUCACAAAUCUGAUAUCAUGACAUUAUUGCUUUGUUCCUAGUAUCAUUUGAGAUUUUUAUAGGAAAAGUGAAAAAUGAUAUUUAUAAUUUGGUAAAUUAGUUCUAAUUUAUGAUAAUCUCUAUCAACAUCCUGCCAUCUGUACUUGAGGAACUAGAAACAUGGAUUGUUUGAAUGUAUGCAAAAUGAAUGAGACUUCUAUUUACUUGAAGUUCAAAGUUUGGGCUUUAUAUAUAUAUAUAUAUAUAUGUAUAUAUUAAUUAUAUAUAUAUAUAUAUUAAUUAUUAUUAUUAUUAUUAUUAUUAUUAUUAUUAUUAUUAUUUAUUAAUUGAUACAGCUGUAUUUUUGGGAGAUUAGGGAUGGGGGAAGGGAGUAAAUUUGUAAACGAGAUUUUUAUGAACCUUGGCGGUUAUGUUUAUUAGCCAAAAUGAAACCUUGUGUGGAUAGAUGGUGUUGGACAGAGUCAAACAGAUCAAUAUCAGUGCAGAAAGUCUUAGAAAUUCUAAAAGUAGGUGAUGAUAAUUCCAGCUACAAUUAUUGGAAAUAAAAUGUUGAAAACUCUAAAUCUGGAACAAUAUUAUUUCCUGCAGAUUUGGCCUUGUUGCUAAUUAUGUUUAUAUCAUCUGUGAUAGGGAGAUGAUUGUAACUUUAGAUAAUGGGAAUAUUAAAUUGUAUCUCCUUGCACAAUUUAUGCCAUCUCUUUUAAAAUCUUGAAGAUGAUUGUAAAUGAUGUAAAAUGCAGUGCUAUUGUUAAUUAUUGGUUGAAGUGAGACUAUAAGAUAUUUUUGUGUGGGAGAUAUUGGUCAUUUGUGCAAAGCUUGUUAGCCAAAGGUGACGAGUUAUGAUUAAAGUGGUCAAUGACUAAUCUUGUAUUUUUUACUUAAGAAAAAUUGGAAACCUAUUGUUCAGAAUAGAAUUAAUUCUAUGAUGGCCAUAAGAUUCUGCCAGUACAAUGCAGUUUGCCUUUACCCUGUUACAAAGGAAUGAUGAGCUUGUGAGUGUGUUUUGUUUUGGUCUUUAAUUCCUUGCUCUUAUAUAGUUCCAUUUAACAUUGUCUUCAUCUGGUUUUCUGUCAUUUAUUUCCAGGGUUACAAUGGGUAGAAAAUUCUGGACUAAGGAAAUAGAUAUACAUAUAUAUAUAUAUAUAUGGAAAUGCUAUAAUGAGCGAAGGUGCUCACCAAAUGUUGACCACUUGGUGAGCACCUAAUGUGUAUCCUUCACUGGAUGUGCUGGUUAAUGAAUUUUGUAUCCUCCAUUAACCCAUGUAUCCAAUGAAGGAUAUGCGAUAGGCUCUCACUAAGUGAUGGGUGCCUUCCCCCACCAUUUAAGAACUGUGUACAUAUGUAUGUAUAUAGAGCUUAUAGAUUUGUUGCUUCUUCUGUUUUUGGUACGUUAAUUUUUACAGCAGUCAUGAGAAGGUUGGUAUCUUUACAUGGGAUGAAAAUGAUGAGAUGAUUGGCUAUUUGGAGAAAUUUUGAUUACCUUAAGCAAAGUGACAGAUCUAUAAGAAGUAAUAUGCUUUGAUAUGAAUGAGCUACAAUGGCAAUGGAAAAAAACCAAAAAAAAAAAAAAAAAAAAAAAACGAUAUUGGAUUCUGUAGUGAAAGUUUUGGCAUUAUUUCAAGUGAAAUGGUGACAAAGGAUCUUAUUUGUGUUAGAGAAUGGGAUGGUAUUCUUUGAUUAACCGUAAUCACAACAGUUUGUUGCAUUAAAAAUCUCAAGUAACAGGGUUUGCUUUUCUGUCUUAUACUUAUAAUGCAAUGCCUUAUUUGGUGGUUAGUUAUCAUAUGUAUACCACUCUGCUGUGAGGGAUAGAUCCUGACUUCUUUGGCCAUGAGUGGUGAAUGCUUCUUAGGAAUCUUUUUCUGAGAAAGUUAUUGAGCUACAAGCCGUUUGUUAAGGUGUUUGGUUUUUGUUUUUUCUACUAAAUUGAGUGUAAUUUGCUUAUUUCUUUUUUUUUUUUUUUGGUAAUAAGUUUGCUUAUUUCAAUUGUUUGUUAGUGUUAGUGGUAUUUAAAUAUAUCAAUUAACUAUAAAUCUAGGGGCAGAGAGAGGGGUUUAUUAAAAAAAAAAAAAAAAAAAAAAAAAAA